UGACCAAAUACAUCCGGAUCGGAAUUGGUGACAAGAACGAUAAUCCACCUUACUUUGACCAGGCUCUGUACGAAGCAGAAGUAAACGAAGACGAGGACAUACAGCACACUGUUAUCACAGUAACGGCCAAAGACAAGGACGAAUCGUCCAGGAUACGUUAUGAGAUAACGCAGGGAAAUAUAGGAGGGGCGUUUGCGGUUAAGAAUGAGACAGGGGCUAUUUACGUGGCUGGACCCCUUGAUUACGAAUCAAGAAAAGAGUACAAACUGCGAUUAGUAGCUUCGGACAACUUGAACGAGAACCACACGACAGUGGUGAUACACAUCAAGGAUGUCAACGACAACCCUCCGAUGUUCGACAGACCCACCUACGAGACACAGAUCACGGAGGAGGACGACAGGAACCUGCCCAAGCGUGUCCUACAGGUGACAGCGACUGAUGGUGACCGGGACCGUAAACCGGACAUUGUUUACUUCCUGACAGGACAAGGCGUGGACGAUCAGGAUCCGGCCAACAGCAAGUUUGCCAUCAACACAACGACUGGAGAGAUCUAUGUCCUGAAACCUCUGGAUCGAGAUUUGCCCCACGGUCGAUCCCAGUGGCGAUUCACUGUGUUCGCCGAGGACGAGGGAGGCAAUGGUCUCGUGGGUUAUGCCGAUGUCCUGGUCAAUCUGAAAGACAUCAAUGACAAUUCUCCUUUCUUUCCUUAUGCCAUCUACACGGGAAAUGUGACAGAAAAUGGAACAGCAGGUAUGACUGUGAUGACUAUGACUGCGACGGACUACGACGACCCUAAUGAGGGUAUGAAUGCUCGUUUGAAGUACUCUAUAGAGCAGAAUCAAGUCAACGAAAACGGAGAACUCAUCUUUACGAUAGACGAAGAGACAGGUGUCAUCUCAACUGCCGUUUGCUGUCUCGACAGGGAGACGAACCCCGAAUACACAAUCAAAGUGGUUGCCAUGGAUGGCGGGGGUCUCAAAGGUACGGGUACAGCGACUAUAAAGAUCAAGGAUAUCAACGACAUGCCCCCAGAAUUCACUAAAAAAGAGUGGCAGGUGGAGGUGGAUGAAACAGAAGGUGAUAAUAUUCCAGAAACUCCCAUCCUCGUGGUAUCUGUGAACGACGGAGAUCUCUUAGAGACGAAUCGUUUCAGUUAUAAAGUUAUCGACAAUGCUUUCGGCGCUGAUAAAUUCACCAUGGUAACCAACUCAGACGGUACAGGAUCUCUCAAAAUUGCAAAGUUACACCAUCGACCGUUCUUCGGACAAGAAACGCCAAUUUAGAAUCGACCAAAAUGGAGUGGUCCGCAUACAGCGUACACUGGACAGGGAAGAGACGCCCAGACAUCAAGUGAAGAUUCUGGCCAUUGAUGAUGGUACACCUCCGCGGACGGCGACAGCAACGUUGACGGUUGUGGUGAGCGACAUAAAUGACAAUGCACCUCGUUUCUUGCGCGACUACAGACCGGUCAUCAUGGAGCAUUCGCCGCCCCAGAAGGUGGAGGAAAUAUUGGCCACAGACGACGACGAUCGUUCCAAAGGAAACGGACCCCCAUUCACUUUCAGAAUGGAUCCCAACGCCCCAGACAUCAUCAAGCAGUUCUUUGACGUCCAACACGAUCCCACUGGUGCAAAUGGUGACGGAAUGGCCAUUGUGACAUCAAAGGAACGAUUCGACAGAGAACAACAGAAGGAGUACCUAGUGCCCAUCGUGAUUAAAGAUAGCGGCACUCCGUCCAUGACCGGAACAAGCACUCUCACAGUUAUCAUCGGUGACGUCAAUGACAACAGAAUGCAUCCCGGCAGCAAAAGUAUCUUCGUCUACAACUUCAAAGGUGAGUCCCCACCCACACCCAUUGGUCGAGUCCACGUCGAGGAUCUGGAUGACUGGGAUUUGCCAGACAAAUCUUUUUACUGGGAGAACAACAUUGCCCACCCCAACUUCGAACUGGACAAAGACACGGGGCUGAUCGUCAUGAAGAAUGUCACAAGUGGAGGGACAUACUUCUUGCGUUUCCUGGUCCACGAUCGAGUCCACACCCAAGAAGUGUCCGCAAAUGUAUCAGUCACAGUCAAAGAGAUUCCGGAGGAGGCCAUCUACAACUCUGGAUCCAUCCGAAUUUCAGGAAUCAGCGCUGAAGAUUUCGUUCGUGUCUGGAACUGGACAGAGAACCGACAGGUGAAGAGCAAGUACCACAAGUUUCGAGACAUGAUUGCAAGCCUGACGACUACACGAAAGGACAAUGUGGACAUCUUCAGCGUCAUCCUAAAACAAGAGCGUCCUCCCAUCACAGACGUUCGAUUCUCUGCUCACAGGACGCCAUAUUUUAAAGCGAGCAUGUUGAACGGUAUUGUGGCCCUCAACAGGGAGCUGAUUGAGCAAGAAGUCGGAAUCAACAUCACGAUGGUAGGGAUCGACGAGUGCUUCUUUGAGAACAUAAAUUGUGAGACCAGCUGUACUAACAUUUUGAUGGUAGAUCGCCAACCGAUCGUUGUGAACGCCAACCGCACCUCUUUCGUGGGUGUGAACACAUGGGUGCAACCCAAGUGCGUGUGCGGUGCCCGUGAUUUCUCUGAGAUUGAGACUUGCAGGAAGAGACCACUACCCUGUCAUAACGGUGGUAGAUGCUUCGAAUCCUACGGCGGUGUGAGCUGCAAGUGCCUAGAUGGCUAUGAAGGACCUCAAUGCCAGAUGACAACCCGCAGCUUCGACGGUCGUGGUUGGGCCUGGUUUCCUUCCCUCCAGCAAUGCGAAAACUCUCAUCUCAGCUUGGAAUUCAUGACCAGGAAGCCGGACGGUCUGCUUCUCUACAACGGACCCAUUUCCAAUCCGGAUAUUGGUGAGGUGGCCGUCCAAGACUUCAUCUCACUGGAACUUCAGAGCGGCAGACCUCGGCUACUCAUCGAUUUUGGUUCUGGCACUGCCGAGAUUGUGGUCUACGUGGACGAAUCAUUAAGCGAUGGCGAAUGGCAUCAAAUAGAUAUCUUCUGGGACAGAGAGACUGUUAGACUAGUGAUUGACAAUUGCCAAAAAGCCAAAAUCGAAGACUCUGAUCCACCCAAAAUUAACCGAUCCAGAUGUGAGACGAAGAGCAACAUUCCACCUUUCAAUGAGUUUCUGAACGUGAACACUCCCUUGCAGCUAGGAGGUGUUCAUCACCAGUACUUGACGGAUUAUCGGUGGCAACACCAGCACACAAGAGAGGGCUUUGAAGGCUGCAUUAAGAAUGUCAUCCACAACAGCGAAAUGUAUGAUCUUGGAAAUCCGGGCAGCAGCUCAGCCAGCAGUCCGGGAUGCAAACCAGCAGACGAUGCGUGCCAAAGUAACAGCAUUACUCGGCAAUGUGAGCACGGUACCUGCGUUGGUACCUACAAUUCUGCCAAAUGCACUUGUUAUCCUGGCUACUUCGGUAGUCGGUGUGAUAAAGAAACGAUUUCAAAGAUGUUCCAGCAGAAUAGUUAUAUUAAAUACGCUCUGUCUUUCGAGCCGGAUCCUUACAAGACAGACAUCCAACUGCAGUUCCGGACGAGGCAGAAACACGGAGAGCUGUUUCGAGCCACCAGCAAACAUGGGCGAGAGUACUGCAUACUUGAAAUCAGAGAUAAAAAGCUGCGCCUUCGCUUUAACCUCAACCACCUGAGAUCAUCGGAUGAGCACGAGCUUUGGUUACCUAAUGUGCAGGUGAGUGACGGCCAGUGGCAUACGGUCCGAGUCCUACGACACGGCAGUACGGCCAGUAUGUCCGUCGAUGGCGGCGGUGGCCGCAGGUACAACGAGCUUCUGGAGUACGAAGGUCAACAUCAGUUGAUGAUGAUUGAGAAACAGAAUGUCAUCGCUGGCGGUGAUGUACAGUACGUGGGGCCUGGAGUCACGGUCGUCGACAAUGACUUCCAAGAAGGUUGUAUGAAUGACAUCCGCCUGGAUCAACGUUAUCUCCCGAUGGAGAAUGGUUCAGAGAACGCAGCCGUCCUAGAGUGGAGGAACCUCAUCAACAAGUGUCCAUCCAACAACCCCUGUCAGGGCAUCAUCUGCCCUAAACCCUUCAUAUGCCUCGAUCUAUGGAUGCUACACGAGUGCCGGUGCCCUGAAGGUUUCACCAUUACUGAAGAUGGUAAGAACUGCACUGACGCCAAUGAGUGCUUAAGUGAUCCUUGCCUAAACGGCGGCAGUUGUGUCAACUUACCUAACGGUGAGGGUUACUAUUGCGUUUGCCCCGAUGGUUUUGGAGGCCUUUACUGCGGUGCGAGGCACGAAGAAAAAGUCAUGCGUCUUAGCAUGGCUGCCCUGGCUGCCAUACUAAUCUGUCUGCUCAAUAUACUUAUUUUGGUUCUGGUGAUUGUGGCCUAUACUCGAAACAGGAGACCCAACCAGAAGUACGGUCACGGGGAUGUUGAUGAUGAUGUGAGGGAGAACAUCAUCAGUUACGACGAUGAAGGGGGUGGAGAAGACGAUAUGAACGCCUACGACAUCACCCCUCUACGCAUUCCCAUAGACGCCGCUACGGGAACGCCUCUCGGUGCUAAGCCCGAAAAACCCAUCAUUAAAGAUAAUCGACAAAGGCAACUGCCUCCUGGAACGGACGGGGUAGGAGACUUCAUCCGAGAUCAUUUGGACAAAGCAGACAACGAUCCAAACGCCCCUCCCUUCGACGAUCUCAGAAACUACGCUUACGAGGGUUGUGGUAGUACUGCUGGUUCCCUUAGCUCUCUGGCUUCGGGUACAGAGGAUAACGAGCAAGAUUUCGACUACCUCAACGGAUGGGGUCCUCGCUUUCAAAAACUAGCAGACAUGUAUGGACCUGGAGAAAGCGAAGAAGAUUAAAAGAUUCUAGUCAACCUUAUUUAAAAUAUUUUCCCAACUAUGGAAGGGCGUGAUUUUUAAAAAAUAAAGAAAAACCGGGUAAAACGUAUCAGUUAAAAAAAAAAAGAGUUUUGGGGAUUUACUUAUUCAAAAAAAAAGGCAAAAUAUACAAUCUCGAAGGUGUGUCAACCAGUCAAUUGAAUGUCAAAAUACUUAGCAUAGCGUCUAUUGCUUUCUCUCUCUUACUUUCGUUUUUUUUCCCUCCACAUUUUGUGCGUGCAUAUAAAUAGAAAACUCACGAGAUAAUUGACUCGCAAUGUGUUCGAACUCGAUACCUUUGUGUGGGCUCUGUUCCUUGGCCGAGUCGAAGAAGAGUGUGUGCUUCUGGUGUUAAAAAGGUGAAGCGAAUUCCAAUCAAUUUCAUUGGAAGUGUUCCUUGGGGUAAACCUUAAUUCAUGAGAUUCUCUUAUUUAUUUAAUUCAUCCCAUCCGCCGCUGGACACUUCUCUUUAUUAAGUGCUCUUCACCAAUCAGAUAAAAGGGAUACUUUUAUGUAUGUGUGAAAGAAGAAAAUACGAGUGACAUGUUUAAAAAUGCUUUCUUUAUGUUCUGUAUACAGAAACAAAAAUGUUCCCUUAUAAUCCCCCACUUCAGUCCUGAUUGGUACAAUAAUCCCCUUUUGGAGUAAGCAUGGGUCGGUGCAAAUGAAAUAUCCCAUAUUAUUGAUCUCAACCAUUCACACAUAACCUAAAAUACCUAUGUCUGUUAUAAA